AUGUAUGGAUGUCAGCAAAGGUACAGAUCCAAUUGUUCUCUCUCGCCUUUUAAUUUGAAGUUGAUUCAAGGGUUCACAUUUACAGAAGUAAACUCUGUCAAAGUUACUAGUUGUCACUUCUUAUUGGAUGGAAAACUUCUUACUAGUGGUGGCCAUGAUAAAGAGGCUAUAUUAUGGUACACUGAUACUCUGAAGCCAAAAUCUACACUUGAAGAACAUUCAGCUUUGAUAACUGAUGUUCGGUUCAGUCCGAGCAUGCCACGUCUUGCAACAUCUUCAAUCAACAAAACUGUCAGUCUGGGAUGUUGAUAAUGUGAGUGUAAUAUUAUGAUCUUUUCCAUCAUAUUGUCAUAUUGUGCAUAGCUUGUGCUUUGUUAUCGAACAUGUCUAGAGUAAUCAAUAUUUAUAUUUCUCGAUUUUGAGUAAUCAUAAUACUAUUUGUUUCUUACCCUUAUCUUCGGAAAUCUUUCCAGUAUGAGCUUAUCUCGGUUGGUUAACCUUUAAUUUUUUUCU